CCUACGAAGAAGUCAAUGUCUGUAUUAUAUUUGAUCAACGAUCGAGUAACACAUGCGACGACACGGCCUUCAAAAGUUUGUAGUGCCGUAUAGCCAACAACAAUCCAUACAGAAAUCAAGUGAGAACGAAAGAGGGUGUUUGGUUACAAAAUCUUGCAGUGCCGUAUAGCCAACAACAAUCCAAACAAAAAUCAAAUGAGAACGUAAGAGGAUGUUUGGUUUUCUGCCCACAGAAAUCAAAUGAGAACGAAGGAGGAUGUUUGGUUUUCUGCCCAUAUAUAUAUAUAUAUAUAUGGGCAGAAAAAAAAGAAAACCUUUACAUUCUUCCAGUUCAUGUUUGCUACACAGGGUCCAUCUUCAAACUCUUACGCAAAGGAAUAUGAAGCACUCUUUUUCGUUGAGUUUCAACUUUGUUAUUGUAUUCCUACUUGUUCAUGGUUCAUUGAGCUUUAACAACUUGCAUCACUAUUGCGACGAAGCUGCAAAGAGCGAUCCAAAUCUGAGCUGUGACUUUUGUAUAGCAUCCCUUGAAGCCAUUUCCAAGAGCAAAAAUGCAAGCCUUGAAGAAUUAGUGGAGAUCUCAACUGUGCUAGCCAUGUCAAAAGCUACAAACAUUAGCUGCUACAUUUCACAACUUUUGAGAGCCCAAAAUUUAGACAAAUACCAUGCGAGUGCCUUACAAGAUUGCUUAGAACUUUACGCGGAUGCAAAUUCCACGUUACAUGAUUCCAUGUGUGAUUUGAAGUCCAAAGAUUAUUCCAAAGCUAAUAUAGAUGCCAGUGCCGCCAUGGAUUCUUCAAGUACCUGCGAGGAUGGUUUCAAGGAGAGGGAAGGCGUGGUCUCUCCCUUGACAAAGGAGAAUAGCACUUUUUUUCAAUUGACCGCAAUCAUGCUUGCUUUUAUCAACAUGCUAAGUCGAUCAUAACUCUCAUAUAUUCAUGUUGGAUUCGCGGGUAAACCUCUAUAUGUUUAUGAUACCAUAUUAAUUACAUAAUUUUCGUAUUUCUCUUUUAGAAUUAAUUAAAUAAUCUUCUUGUUUUA